AUGGUUGACCCAAACGCUAGCGAAUGGCUCAAAUCACAACAAAAAAGUUCACGUCGACAUCGUAUAAUAGUUUUAACCAUAGGAAUUCUUAUAUUACUUGGAAUUAUUGGUGGGGUGGUUUACUUUCUUAAAUUUAAGUCACCCAGUGGAACGAGUUCCGAUAAUAGUAGUAAUGAAAAUAAUGGAAAUAUUGGAACCGGAAAUAAUAGUUCUCCUAAUAAAUAUUUUACUUGGGAUAAAAAACCUGUUAAUUUAACCAUAGUUCCAAAUCCUAAAUUAAAAAAUAUUCUUUACGGAAUUAAUUAUGGUCCCGUGAACGCCAGUUACCCUUGGUGUACAAAUACUCUGGGUGACGUUAUUGAAGAUAUUAAAAUUGUUUCUCAAGUUACUAAUAGAAUAAGACUUUAUGGAAUGGAUUGUCAUGCCGUUGAAUGGACUUUGGAAGCCAUUAAUUUAUUAAAAUUAAAUAUGACUAUCGUUCCUACUAUUUGGGUUGAUAAUAACGAUACUACUUAUCAAAGGCAAUUUGAUGAUUUCUUUGAUGUAGUAAAUAAAUAUGAACUUGAUGUAAAAGUAUUAUAUCAACGAAUUGCUGACGUUCGAAAAAAAAUCAAUUCUAUGGGAUUCAAGAAGACAAUACCCGUUUUUACAUCUGAUCUAGGUUCAAAUGUAGAUAAAGCAUUUACUGAUGCGGUUGAUGAAGUUUGGGCUAAUAUUCAUCCAUAUUUUGGAGGAUUGGAUGUAAAAUAUGCUGCAGCUUGGUCAUUUAAUUUCACUGAUCAAAAUAAUGGUUAUUAUGCGAAACAAGCUAAUAAAGAAUCAGUUAUGUCAGAAAUUGGAUGGCCAACUGCUGGUGACCCUCACGGUCAAGCAGUUGCUUCCAUCAAUAAUCUUCAAAUUUUCUUGGAUACAUUUGUUUGUGCUGCCAAUACUAAAAAAGUUAAAUAUUAUUAUUUUGAAGCACUUGAUGCUCCUUGGAAAGUUGCACGUUGGACUUUAUUAGAAGGAAGUUGGGGUUUAUUUAAUCCUGAUGGAACACUUAAAGAUAUCACUUUUCCAAAUUGUAAUUAA